AUGGCCGCCCAGACCGCUCCGUUCUCAAUCAGACUCCGGGAGAGGAUAACUUUUGUCUGUCAGCAGCCUGGAAACACCAAUGCCUGCCCAACGCAAGCGAGCAGCAACGCCAACCAGCAGACGGCAAGCAGCAGUGUCAGCCUGACUGACGAGCACUUCCUCUCUAUUCUCCCCGCCUCUCAGCGUGCUGACAUCCACAACCUGGUGCCUCCGAGGCUGGACGACAUCUCCUGGAUUGAAAACGAGCUCAAUGUAGAGAGGCUGCGCACGAUUCAGCCUUUGCUCUGGCUCGUUGGUCGGCCAAUGCCGCCGCGCCCACUGCAUCACCAGAUCUCUCUGGGUCGGCAGGUGGUCGUCACAGAGCAGAUGGACAUGCACCUUGUCUGGACUACUGGUCGUAUGUAUCUAAAGCCAUUGCCACGCUUUCUUCUUGAGCCGCAGUUCUGGACGAGAUUCCUGUCUUGCGCACAGAAUUGUGCGUGCGUAGUAGCGAAUGGCAAGGCGCAGACUCCUCCUGCAGCAGCCUCGAAUUUCAGCAACUCCACAGCUUCCACGCACCAGCAGGCCUUCGUGGAGUGUAGGCAGCACAAGCUUCGAAAGAUAGCCCUCGGGUUCCUCUUCUCCUACGUGGCGCUCAUCAGCCACGAAAGCGAUCUCGGAAUGGCCAAGGAGAAGUUUUUGCUGCCGGCAGAAGUCGACUGGCCAUACUGGACAUCUUUCGUGCGCGAGCUCAGUCCAGAGCACAUCUAUCCAGACAUCGAUGACCGCUUCGUCUAUGGAGAGCUCCGCCUAAGUCGGCUAAACAAGAUCUACACACUGACCAAGAGACCCUUUUUGCGCGGCUAUGUGUACAGCUGGCAGCAGUAUAGUAGCUUCUUUGGGGAGUACCUUGGACUACUGACUGGUGUGAUUGUAUACAUUGCAAUCAUUCUAACGGCCAUGCAAGUUGGCUUGGCCACCGAUCAACUCCAGAACAGCCAGGCUUUCAUGAACGCUUCUUAUGGUUUUACCGUUUUCUCGAUCCUGGGUCCGCUGAUCGUCAUAGCAUUCAUGGUGCUGGUCUUCCUUUGUCUGCUUUGCAUUAACUGCAUCAAGACCGUGACUUUUCACAAGAAGAGGAUGGCAAUCGCAAGACCUGCUCCCUCACGAUAUUAA